AUGGCGGGUUUAAGCUUUGACAACUACCAGCGGAACAGCUACCUUGCCGCCAAUGGGUUUGGCACUCCCAAGGCCACGUCGACCGGUACUACCAUUGUUGGUUGUGUUUUCGAAGGCGGCGUGGUGAUUGCCGCCGAUACGCGUGCCACUUCGGGCGAUAUCGUCGCCGACAAAAACUGUGAAAAAUUGCACCGGUUAGCCCCCAAAAUCUGGUGUGCUGGUGCCGGUACUGCUGCCGAUACCGAGAUGGUGACCCAGCUCAUCGCCCUGAACUUGGAAUUGCACGCGUUGUCGAAUAACCGUGAUCCGCGAGUGAUCACCGCCGUGACGAUGUUGAAGCAGCAUUUGUUCAAAUACCAGGGCCACUUGGGUGCCUACCUCAUUGUUGCUGGUCUGGACCCCACUGGGUGCCAUUUGAUGUCGGUUCAGGCCCAUGGUUCCACCGAUAUCGGUAAGUUCCAGUCUCUUGGGCUGGGGCUGUUAGCGGCGAUGGCGGUGUUGGAAACCCACUACCGUGACGGUAUGACCCGGGACGAGGCGGUGAAGUUGUGUGCUGACGCCAUUGAGGCCGGGAUCUGGAACGAUUUGGGUUCGGGGUCUAAUGUCGAUGUGUGCGUGAUGGAAAAGGGUAAAGAUGCCGAGUUGUACCGCAACUACUUGACCCCCAACAAGCGGGGCGAGAAGGAACGCUCGUACAAGUUUGCCCGGGGCACCACGUUGGUGUUGCUGCAGAAAGUGCGUGAUCUCUGCCAAGUGGAAGAGGAGAUCGUCGAGUUUAAUCGGAUGGACGUCGACGUCGAAGCGUAG